ACUUUAAUAUGGCAAGGAAAAAGAAACAAGAAAAAUUUAGUGAGGAGGAAGAAGUAUAUGCUGCUGUAAAAAUUUUACAAGAAAAAUUCGAUGAACGUAAUUCUGUAAUGUAUUUAGUAAAAUGGGCAGGCAAAGAUCAGAAUGGAAAUGAAUGGGAACCAACUUGGGAACCCUAUGAAAAUUGUGGAACUCCGCUCAUAC